AUGUCAAGAGUGACCAAAUAUUGGGAUAAAUAUAGAGAAAGGCACAAAGCGGAAAAUCCUGAAGAUUUGAUUGACAAAUCUUAUAUUUCGUUCCUAGAAGUUCAGUUGGAAAGGGUCUCACAAGCUGUAUUAUUGACUCAAAACUUCAGUGAAAGAAUAGAAAAUGUGCAGUCACAAUUAAAUUCUGCUGAAGAGAAAAUUAUUAACUUGACCAGGCUGGUAAAGCUUCAACAAAAUUUCGCCGAAACCCAAGAAGAAGAGAUAAAUUCAAUGAAAGCUCAACUUGAAGGAAUAGAUGGCGGUGGCAGAUAUUAUGGAUUGGAAGGACAAAAAAAUAAAGACAAGAGUCAUCAUAUUGAAGAAGAACAUUAAUAUUUCAUUAAUUAUAAUUAGGGCUCUUCAUCCUUUUACGUCUCACCCGAGCUGAGUCUUAGUAGAAGAUUCGUUCAGCUAACGAACUCCCUGGGUAUGUCAGCAUUUCUACCAGAGAUAGCUCUCAUCCGGCAUUUGGCCUGAUUCUUAAUGCUGUCUCGGGACCUUGAAGUAUGCAAAUUUUGGGACUUGACGGCAGCUUCUUGAGUGGCCAGAGUUCCAGCGAGGGAUAAACGCUCCAGUAAUUUCAUCGGGAAAAUACAAAUCUUCAUUGCUGGACGAGGGAGACAAAACCCAGCCAGAAUACAAAUGCCCAGUACCCGUAAACUCUGUUUUAUGUUCGUUUUGGCUUCCGGUUGCAGAAAGGUCCCCAAACCUGAAACAGGUCCGGGAGAAGACAGGUCGGUGACAUCGCAAUUUUAUUUUUUCAUAUUGAGAAGAAAUUUCUCAAUUGGAAGAAAAGUUAAAAAUUGUUCUUCAGAAGACAGAAAACUUUGAGGAUCAAAGAAAUAAAUCUUAUGAGAAAUUUGUAAGAGAUGUGAACUCAGCUUUAAAAGCAACGGAAGAAAAAGUUAUGAGCUAUCUUACACAUGCAAUAAAUAGCACAGAGAUUCAAAAAAGUGGCAUUAAAAAGAAUUUUGAAGGAUUAACUGAUGAAGGAGAUAAAGAAUUAGAGGAAGAGUUAAAUGAGUUUCAGCUGAAAUCAGAAAGAAAUAAAGAAAUUAGAGGCUUAAUGAGUUUUGGAGCUGGAGGGGAUCUGCCAGAAUUAAAACAAAUAUGGGCUAAGCUUGAAGAAUUUGGAAACUUCAAAGAUUAUAUCGAAAAAAUAGUGAUGGAAAAGGAUACUGAAAUUAAAGAAGCCACUGAAAUGGUUUGGGCUUCAGAAAGGACUUGCAAUAGACUUGCUGAAGACUGUACAAGUAAAAUUUCUGACUGCGAAAGGGCGGUAAAAGAUUUAGAGCAAUUCCUUGUGGCUACUAUAAUUAAUAUCGCGGUUGUGACGAAAUAUGUCCUUGACGAUGCACCACUUUGGGCGCCAAAGCUGUUUUAUAUCAUAAAUCAAGGCUAAAGCCCUUUAAUCCUAACACUUAGCCAGCCUAGAGCAUGGAUGACGGGUGCAAGCCCCAAAUCCCGAGAGGACACCGCUGCUGAAACAGAGAUCUGCGAUCUUAUUCCUCCGGCAAGCAUGUUCUAGUGGUCGAAACGUGCGGAAGCAUCAAACCUGGAAGACUUUAAACCCUUUAAGUUAAGUUAAUUUGUGGCUACUGCCAAAGAAAUAAAAAAAAUAGAAAUUGCUCAAGGAAUUCGGCCUAUUGAUACUGAUGAAAUUGAGAAAAAUAUUACUGAAAAAGUAAAUGAAACAGUCAAUAAGAUUGGAGAUUUAGUUAAAAAAUAUUUUAAUUCACAACAAGAUUUACAAAAAGAAGUCAAAGUAUUAGCUUCUAAAUUUUAUGGGAAAAGUACAGUCCCUCCACUAUCCCCUAAAUUCAAGUCUCCAAUAAGAAAAACUGAAAAACCUGACAAAUCUGAUAAACCACCCAUUUCUCCUCUCACAAACACACUUCAAGAGCUUGAAACAUCUCUUACCCAAAGUAGACAUAAAAGAUCAAUAAGUUCAGAUGCAGAAAAGCAUAGCAAAGAUGAUGACUCUCAUGAAUUAAAACAUAAAUCAAGAUCAAAAUCACCGAAACUAAAAUUAAGUAAAAAAGUAAAAUCUACAAGCAGCUUGACUCCAGACAGAAAAAGGUCAAAAUCUUCUUCAAAAUCAAAGUCGAGGUCAAGGUCAAGAUCAAGGUCAAAUUCAAAGACAAGGACGAAGUCAAUAUCUGAGCUUCAGCUUUCCCCUAAUUCCCUCUCCUUUGAAAUUGUAAAAAAAAAAUUGUUACACUUUUAAAAGGGGUAUUUUUUUUUUUUGAAACAAAUUAAAUAUUAAAAUUUUGAUAAUAAAAAAUUUAAUAAAAUUUUACGAAUUAAAUUCUUAUUGACCACAUUGUUUUUAAAAUUUUAAUUAAUUUUUAUGAAAAAUUUUCAUUUAAAAAAAAUAAUCGAUUCAGAGCGCGACUAUUAAUAUAGCAUUCUACUUGAACAUCUUCAUUAAAUAAAAUCAAAGCUAUUUAUAUAAAAAUUAGCAUUUUCGCUUAACAAACUUUUCCUUCUUUUUAAAAGAAGGUUAAUUACCUAAAAUUAGAAAACUUUACCGAUAUUAUGUUCCAAUUUAAUGGGGAGGGGGAGUAAGUCAACCAAAAAAUCGCUUGCGAUGGAAUCAAGUAUCAGGCAAAAAAUCGUGGAUAUGAAAGCAAAAGAAGAAGAGGAAGAGCAAAAGAUCAGCCAAAAAACAGUCAAAAGGCACAGCAAGCUGGAUAAGAAAAAGAAAAAACUUGAAAAACUUGAAAAAAUUUAUCAAAAAUUAUCAGCAAGGGAUUUAAAAUAA